AUGCCUUUUAUCGCCCGGACAGGCGCUCUGUCCGAACUAGCUCUGCGCGGUGGGCUCGUUGACCCCCGAGCUGAUACUCAGCCUUCUUUCGCCAAACGGAUGAACUGCCGGGACGUAACCGACUUCAUUUCCAAUCCAACCAAGUUUCCUUCUCUAGGAUCGAGCCAGGAAACGACUGCUUGGGAUACACGCCGCAAGCCAGCUAGCGAGCAUCAGACCAAGCUCGACAAUAUCCUGGCCCGGUUAGUCGUCAGCGGUGGUCUCAGCCGCUCGCCUGCUUUUGAUUGCCUGCCUGUCGCCUCCCACUGGACUGAUCGCAACGUCGAGGCUUCGGCAGAGGACCCUGCAGCCACCGUUCGCCUUUCUUCAACUUGGGGUACCAUCCAUGUUAUGGGAGAAGGGACUACCAUGGCCAGCCCUCUCGGAGCCCCGGGCUGGUCGCUUAAGACUCACGGCAUAGGGACGGUCGAAGCUGGGUCGAAUAAAUUUUCUCAGCAAUACUGCCCUGAAACCGACACGCUCACGACGACGGUCAACUUGGCGCGUCGUCCCGAUACCGCUCAGACUGGGGGAGUUCUGGCGGCCGUCGCAAGUGCCUCUUGGAUGCGCAACACGCGUGUUGCGGACGCUGUCGACUGCGCAGCUGGUCUCCUAGCCGACGCCUCGGCUCUUCUAGAGGCCCGUAAUAAGGUGAUCACGAUUGGAAGGACGGAGCGCCUAGGAUUUGCGGAGGUGAGACCGGCCGUACUGCCCUCGUGGUGCUCUGUUCGCAAACCCCUCCCACCGAAGCUGAGCGGCGUGGCACUCUCACCCGACGAGGCCACUGCCAACCUCGUCGCGGCGGAGGGUUGUGAGGGCCCUCUGCUCAACACCAGCAUUUUCUCUAUGGGAAUAGGCUACAACCGGGGCGUCUAUGGCGGUUCAAUCACUGGCUUAUGGGCUCUCAUGGACGCAGGGUUUGUCAUAGAUUACUCCGUAGGCGUCACGGACACUGCGAUGGCGGGGAAGCUCUCUUCUGCUUUCUCGGAUGUAGCCGCCAUUGCUGAAGUAUCCGCCUCCGCCGGCCCGCACAUGACCGAUAUUCGGAUCGUCAAGGGCUGCAAUUAUGGAUGCUUACGCCAGAAGACGGUUAUCGAGGAUACCCAGCCUGCCGGCUCCCGCCCAUGUAUGGUUGUAUGGGACGAUCUCGCCCGGCUUGCCCGUUACAAGCUAGCGGAUGCCGUCUUUUGUCAUGUCUAUUACGAUGCGGGUGGCGGCGAAUACAUGGCCGCUAUCGCCGGCCUUGGGUGCGUUGUGCACGACUGGAUUGAUAUCGGAGCUGAUGUAUCAUGCGGAGAAGUGAGCAAUAUCAUCCCGACUCUGACGCGGGGGUCUUUGGAUGAGGGACCACUGGCUGAAGUCUACUCGCGCUUGCUUGGUGUUAUGAUCUGGUAUCGGGACAACGAUCCCUACAACCCGGCAGCGCUCUGUCUUCUCUUCACGCACUGGUGGCAGCUCGCCAACUGCCGACAUAGACCCAUCGGCCUUCUUGGCAGGACAGACCUCGGUGUAAGCGCGGGCGUCGCCGGCACCGUACCAGGAGAGAGGCCCUCAUUGGAGCACUUUAGAGCAUGCGGUACUCCGGUCGACCGUGGGGAGCGUCCCUUUGCCAACGCCGAGGCGCGGCUUCAAGCAGUCCUUUCCUCUAACCCUUUGCCGGAAACUCCUGCCGUCAUCGACCUCCUAGUAAACCCUAUGCUCGCUUAUAUGAAAGGGGCUGAUAGCCUACCCACUGAGAGUGAAUAUGUGGGGGCCGUCCUCGCUACUGAACUGGCUUACCCCCACGAUCAGAAGAUCAUAGAGCUAUGGGACCUCGCUAUCAUCAUGUGGGAGUGCGGCUCUAUGUGGGCGGCUGGAGUGGCAGGUCUUUGCUAUACUCACACCGGAAAGGCCAACUGCGACAGGGCUCGGUAUGACUUGAAUGACACCACCUGGAACUGA